AUCACGAUGAAUGUGCCACAACCAACAUGUGCCUCAACGGGAUGUGCAUCAACGAGGACGGCAGCUUCAAAUGUAUCUGCAAGCCAGGCUUUGUGCUGGCUCCGAAUGGGCGCUACUGUGUUGACAUCGACGAGUGUGAGACCCCUGGGAUCUGCAUGAACGGCUGGUGCAACAACACAGAGGGCUCCUUUCGGUGCGAGUGCCUCGGGGGCCUCGCGAUCGGGGUGGACGGGCGGGUUUGCGUGGACACCCACAUGCGCAGCACCUGCUACGGAGGCAUCAAGAAGGGCACGUGCGCUCGUCCCUUCCCCGGAGCCGUCACCAAGUCGGAGUGCUGCUGUGCUAACCCAGACCAUGGCUUUGGAGAGCCCUGCCAACCCUGUCCAGCCAAAAACUCUGCUGAAUUCCAGGCUCUCUGCAGCAGCGGUAUUGGAAUAACAGCUGAUGGCAGAGACAUCAACGAAUGUGCCCUCAACCCAGACAUCUGUCCCAACGGCAUGUGCGAGAACCUGCGUGGGAGCUACCGCUGCAUCUGCAACCUGGGCUAUGAGUCAGAUCCCACGGGCAAGAAUUGCGUGGAUGUCGACGAAUGCAGCGUCAACCGUUUGCUGUGUGACAACGGACUGUGCCGAAACACCCCUGGCAGCUACACCUGCACCUGCCCCAAGGGCUUCGUCUUCAGGACUGAGACAGACACCUGUGAAGAUAUCAAUGAGUGCACCUCCAACCCGUGUGUGAACGGUGUCUGCAGAAACAACGCUGGCUCUUUUGCUUGUGAAUGCUCCCCAGGCAGCAAGCUGGACCCCAGUGGCACCAUCUGCGUGGACAGCAUGAAAGGCACCUGUUGGCUGAACAUCCAGGACGGGCGCUGCGAGGUGAACAUCAACGGAGCCACGCUGAAGUCGGAGUGCUGCGCCACGCUGGGGGCGGCCUGGGGCAGCCCCUGCGAGCGCUGCGAGAUCGAUACUGCCUGUCCCCGCGGCUAUGCCAGGAUGAAGGGGGUCACAUGUGAAGACGUGAACGAAUGCGAUGUCUUCCCUGGCGUCUGCCCAAACGGCCGCUGUGUGAACACCGCCGGCUCCUUCCGCUGCGAGUGUCCCCAAGGGCUGACCCUCGAUGGCACUGCCAGGACGUGUGUGGACGUGCGCGUGGAGCAGUGCUACAUGAAGUGGGAUGAGGACGAAUGUGCAGAACCGCUUCCCGGCAAGUACCGAAUCGACAUGUGUUGCUGUUCCGUGGGCGCAGCCUGGGGCAUUGACUGUGAAGAAUGUCCCAAGAUGGGCUCCAGCGAGUACAAGGCCAUCUGCCCAAGGGGACCCGGCUUUGCCAAUAGAGGAGACGUGCUUUCAGGCAGGCCAUUCUAUAAAGAUGUGAAUGAGUGUAAGGUCUUCUCUGGCCUGUGCACUCAUGGCACCUGUCGAAACACCAUUGGCAGCUUCAGGUGUCUCUGUGGCAAUGGCUUUGCUUUGGAUGCUGAAGAAUCCAUCCCUGCAGAUAUCGACGAGUGCCGCAUCUCACCAGACCUGUGUGGCCACGGCACCUGCGUCAACACACCGGGCAGCUUUGAGUGCGAGUGCUUCGAAGGCUACGAGAGCGGCUUCAUGAUGAUGAAGAACUGCAUGGAUAUCAAUGAGUGUGAGCGCGACCCGCUGCUGUGCCGAGGUGGGAUCUGCAUGAACACAGACGGCAGCUUUGAAUGCAUCUGUCCCCCUGGACAUGAGCUGACCUCGGAAGGAAACGCUUGCGUAGAUAUCAACGAGUGCUCCCUCAGUGACAACCUGUGUCGCAAUGGACGCUGUGUCAACGUCAUCGGGACCUAUCAGUGCGCGUGUGACUCCGGCUUCCAGGCCACACCGGACAGGCAGGGCUGUGUCGACAUCGACGAGUGCACCAUCAGCAACGGGGGCUGCGACACACACUGCUCCAACUCGGAGGGCAGCUACGAGUGCAGCUGUGGAGAAGGCUACGCGCUGAUGCCCGACCAGAGAUCAUGUGCAGAUAUUGAUGAAUGUGAGGAUAAUCCAGAUAUCUGUGAUGGUGGGCAGUGCACGAACAUCCCUGGGGAAUAUCGCUGCCUCUGCUUUGAUGGCUUCAUGGCAUCCCUGGACAUGAAAACCUGUAUUGAUGUAAACGAAUGUGAUCUCAACCCUAACAUCUGCCUGCAUGGCGAGUGUGAAAAUACUAAGGGAUCCUUCAUCUGUCACUGUCAGCUGGGCUACUUUGUCAAGAAGGGAACCACAGGCUGCACAGACAUUGAUGAGUGUGAGAUCGGGGCUCACAACUGCGACAUGCACGCCUCCUGCAUCAACGUGCCUGGGAGCUUCAAGUGCAAGUGCCGCACAGGCUGGCUUGGAGAUGGCCUCAAAUGCAAUGACCUGGACGAGUGUGCAACCGAAGAGCACAAGUGCAACCUGAACGCCAACUGCGUGAACACGCCGGGCUCCUACCGCUGCGCCUGCCGAGAGGGCUUCAACGGGGACGGCUUCUCCUGCUCAGAUGUGGACGAGUGUGCGGAUAACGUGAACCUGUGUGAGAACGGGCAGUGUCUCAAUGCGCCUGGGGGUUACCGCUGCGAGUGCGAGAUGGGCUUCAACCCCACGGAGGACAGCAGGGCCUGCCAGGACAUUGAUGAAUGCACCUUCCAGAAUAUUUGUGUCUUUGGGACCUGCCAGAACCUGCCGGGGAUGUUCCGCUGCGCCUGUGAUGACGGCUAUGAGCUGGACAGGAGUGGAGGCAACUGCACAGACAUCAACGAGUGUGCAGACCCCGUGAACUGCAUCAAUGGCCUGUGCGUCAACACCCCUGGCAGCUACCUCUGCAACUGUCCGCAGGACUUCGAGCUGAAUCCCACUGGCGUGGGCUGUGUGGACACUCGUGUUGGGAACUGCUUCUUGGACACCCAGGAUCGAGGAGAUGGAGGGAUCUCCUGCAGUGCAGAAAUUGGCGUUGGGGUCACUCGGGCAUCCUGCUGCUGCUCCCUGGGUCGUGCAUGGGGAAAUCCCUGUGAGCUGUGUCCUCCAGCCAACACAACUGAGUACAAGACCCUGUGCCCCGGAGGAGAAGGGUUCCGGCCCAACCCCAUCACUGUCAUCCUGGAAGAUAUCGACGAGUGCCAGGAGCUGCCCGGCCUCUGCCAGGGGGGCAACUGCGUGAACACUUUCGGCAGCUUCCAGUGCGAGUGCCCGCUUGGCUACUACCUCAACGAGGACACCCGCAUCUGCGAAGAUAUUGAUGAGUGCUCUGCCCACAUCGGAAUCUGCGGCCCCGGCACCUGCUACAACACCUUGGGCAACUACACCUGCGUGUGCCCUCCGGAAUACAUGCAAGUCAACGGUGGAAAUAACUGCAUGGACAUGAGGAAGCGCGUGUGCUAUCGCAACUACAACGACACGUGUGAGAACGAGCUCUCCUUCAACAUGACCAAGAAGAUGUGCUGCUGCUCCUACAACAUCGGCAAGGCCUGGAACAAGCCGUGUGAGCCCUGCCCCACUCCAGCCAGCCCGGAGUACCAGAUCCUUUGUGGGAACCAGGCCCCUGGGUUUAUCAUCGACAUUCACACCGGGAAGCCAAUCGAUAUCGAUGAGUGCAGUGAGAUCCCUGCCAUCUGCACCAACGGUGUCUGCAUCAACCAGAUCGGCAGCUUCCGCUGCGAGUGCCCCAUUGGCUUCAGCUACAACAACAUCCUUCUCAUCUGUGAAGACAUCGAUGAAUGCAGCAGCGGGGAGAACCUCUGCCAGCGCAAUGCUGACUGCAUCAACAUCCCGGGCAGUUACAGGUGCGAAUGCUCAACUGGAUACAAGCUGUCGCCUAGCGGAGCCUGCGUGGGUCGCAAUGAAUGCCAGGAGAUCCCCAAUGUCUGCAGCCAUGGGGACUGUGUGGACACUGAGGGCAGCUACAUCUGCAUCUGUCACAACGGGUUCAAGGCCACUGGGGAGCAGACCAUGUGCAUGGAUAUUGAUGAAUGUGACCGGCAGCCCUGUGGAAAUGGAACCUGCAAGAACACAGUUGGUUCCUACAACUGCCUCUGCUUCCCUGGCUUUGAGCUCACACACAAUAAUGAUUGCAUGGACAUUGAUGAGUGUUCGUCCCUGGUGGGGCAGGUGUGUCGAAAUGGCCAGUGCAUAAACAGCAUCGGCUCCUUCCAGUGCCUCUGCCAAGAGGGGUAUGACCGAACCCCUGACGGGAAGAACUGUGUUGACAUCAAUGAGUGUGUGAGCCUGCCUGGGACCUGCUCUCCAGGGACCUGCCAGAACCUGGAGGGCUCUUUCCGCUGUAUCUGCCCCCCCGGCUACGAGGUGCAGAACGACAACUGCAUUGAUAUCAACGAGUGUGAAGAGGAGCCCAAUAUCUGCCUAUUUGGGACGUGCACCAACACCCCUGGCAGCUUUCAGUGUGUCUGCCCCCCGGGCUUCGUGCUGUCUGAUAAUGGCCGCCGCUGCUUUGAUACUCGCCAGAGCUUCUGCUUCACUCGCUUUGACAACGGGAAGUGCUCUGUCCCCAAGGCCUUCAACACCACCAAGGCCCGGUGCUGCUGCAGCAAGAUGCCAGGAGAAGGCUGGGGAGAUCCCUGUGAGCUCUGCCCGCAGGAAGGAAAUGUGGCUUUCCAGGAGUUGUGCCCGUAUGGCCAUGGGGCCAUCCCAGGCCCAGGUGAUACCCGAGAAGAUGUGAACGAGUGCUCAGAGAACCUGGGUGUCUGCAUAAACGGGGCCUGCAUUAACACCGACGGCUCCUUCCGCUGCGAGUGCCCCUUCGGGUACAACCUGGACUACACGGGUGUCAACUGCGUGGAUACGGAUGAGUGCUCCAUUGGCAACCCCUGUGGCAAUGGGACCUGCACCAACGUGGUGGGAGGCUUCGAGUGUGCCUGUGAUGAGGGCUUUGAGCCAGGUCCCAUGAUGACGUGUGAAGAUAUCAAUGAGUGUGCGCUGAAUCCCCUGCUCUGUGCCUUCCGCUGCAUCAACACCUUUGGCUCCUACGAGUGCACCUGCCCCUCUGGAUAUGCCCUCCGAGAAGACAGGAGGAUGUGCAAAGAUCUGGAUGAGUGUGCAGAGGGACUACACGACUGUGAGUCUCGAGGGAUGCUGUGCAAGAAUCUCAUCGGCACCUUCAUGUGCAUCUGCCCUCCAGGGAUGCAACGCAGGCCCGAUGGAGAGGGCUGCACAGAUGAGAACGAGUGUCGUACCAAGCCUGGCAUCUGCCCGAAUGGCCGCUGCGUCAACACAGUGGGAAGCUACCGCUGCGACUGCAAUGAAGGGUUUGAAGUCAGCCCCUCUGGCACAGAGUGCAUUGACACCCGCCAGGGAUUCUGUUUCACAGAAGUGCUGCAGACCAUGUGCCAGAUGUCCUCCACCAACCGCAACCUGGUCACCAAGUCCGAGUGUUGCUGCAACAGCGGGCGCAGCUGGGGCCCCCAGUGUGAGCUCUGCCCGCUCCCUGGCACCACGCAGUACAAGAAGAUGUGUCCUCAUGGGCCCGGGUACUCCACUGACGGACGAGAUAUCGAUGAGUGCAAGGUGCUGCCCAACCUCUGCAAGAACGGGCAGUGCAUCAACAGCAUCGGCUCCUUCCGCUGCCACUGCAGGCUGGGCUACACCGCGGACAUCACAGGCACGGCCUGUGUUGAUUUGGAUGAGUGUAACCAGUCCCCCAAGCCAUGUAACUUCAUCUGCAAGAACACAGAGGGCAGCUACCAGUGCUCCUGCCCCCGAGGGUACAUCCUGCAGGAAGAUGGGAAGAUCUGCAAAGACUUGGAUGAAUGUUCCACCAAGCAACACAACUGCCAGUUCCUGUGUGUGAACAUUAUUGGAGGUUUCAACUGCAAAUGCCCGCCAGGUUUCACUCAGCACCACUCGUCCUGCAUCGACAAUAACGAGUGCACGGCCCAGCCCUCGCUGUGUGGAGCCAAAGGCCAGUGUCUGAACACGCCAGGCAGCUACAACUGUGAAUGCCAGAAGGGAUUCUCCCUGGACAGCUCUGGUGUCAAUUGUGAAGAUGUGGACGAAUGCGAUGGAAACCACCGCUGCCAGCACGGCUGCCAGAACGUGCUCGGGGGCUACCGCUGCGGCUGUCCCCAGGGCUACGUGCAGCACUACCAGUGGAACCAGUGCGUGUAUGAAAAUGAGUGUUCCAGUCCCACCGCGUGCGGCUCCGCUUCAUGCUACAACACUCUGGGAAGCUUCAAGUGUGUCUGUCCAUCUGGCUUCGACUUUGACCAAGCCUUUGGUGGGUGCCAGGACGUGGACGAAUGCUCAGCGGGCGGCAGCCCCUGCAGUUACGGCUGCUCCAACACGGAUGGAGGCUAUUUGUGUGGCUGUCCUGGAGGCUACUUCCGAGCAGGACAAGGGCACUGUAUUUCUGGCCUGGGUUUUGGGAAAGGUUCCUACAUUCCUGCCCCUCAAGAGGAGGAUGAGGACAACCUGCUCUCGCCUGACACCUGCUAUGAGUGUAAGAUAAAUGGCUACCCCAAACGGGGUCGGCAGAGACGCAGUGUCAACGGGACUGAGGAACACCAGGACCACACUGUGAACUUGGCCAGCAUGGAUGUGGAUGCUCCUCUGUCCAUGAUGCUGAACCUCUCUGACCUUGCUCACAAGAAGCACAUCCUGGAGCUCCUGCCAGCUGUGGAGCCCCUGGAGAACCGUGUGCGGUACCUCAUCUCCCAUGGGAAUGAGGAUGGCUACUUCCGCAUCCACCAGAAAGAAGGGCUCAGCUACCUGCACCUUGGCCGCAAGAAAAUAGUGCCUGGCACCUACCUGCUGGAAAUUGUGAGUGUGCCUCUGUACCGCAAAAGGGAACUGCAGAAAAUGGAGGCCAAGAACCACCUCAACUACUUAGCAGGGGAGCUGGGCCAGGCACUGAGGAUGAAGCUCCAGCUCCAACUGUACUAACAGCCAUGAGACCCACCCGCCCAACUGACAGUACAGUCCUUAGCCUUGCCAUCCACACCUGGAAAUAACUGCCUCUUCUCUUGUUGCACCCCCCUGCCACCACCUCCCCCAGCGCGCUCUACAACUGAUGGGAA